AUGGCUAUUGCCGUAGUCUAUAUGACAAAGGAAUUUGGCUUUACAUCAUCGAUUCAAGGUGUCAUACUAUCAUCAUUCUUUUUGGGAUAUUUAACAACACAAGUUUUAGGUGGUGCUCUUGCCGAUAAAUAUGGUGGAAAAUGGGUAUUAAGCGUUUCUGCCGCAUCAUGGACACUAUUUACCUUUCUUACACCGAUUUCCGCUAAUUUUGGUUUAGGAUAUCUCAUAAUAUGUCGAAUACUUUUAGGUAUUGGUGAAGGUGCAUGUUUUCCGUCUGUAAACACUUUGAUUGCGGCAUGGUUCCCAACAGAGGAGGGUAAUAAAGCGGUUUCAACUACAGUAUCUUCAGCUUAUAUAGGGAUUGUGAUUGCUUUGCCGAUAUCAACUUGGUUAGGUUCAGGCCCUUUGGGAUGGCAUAGUAUUUUUUGGACAUUUGGUACAGCUGGAUUUGUUUGGUCUAUAUUAUGGCAAAUUUAUGGCAAAAGCAGUCCAAAUGAGUAUUCAGGAAUAAGUCAAGAAGAAUUGGAUUUGAUUUCAAAAACCAAGAAAAAAAAUAAACCUAGUAAAAAUUUGAGUUAUCAUAUAAUAGAGUCUAGUGAAAUUGCUAUUGAAUCAACAAGUGAGAAUGAUAAUACAAUUUCUGAUGCUCCAUUAACAAACUUUACCGUUGAAGAUAAUAAUUUUGAAGCUGAGGCUGAUGUACUAUUGCCAGAGAAUUUAAUAUUGGCAAAUCCAAAAGAUGUUCCAUGGAAAUUUCUUCUUUCUCGUCGUGAAGUGUGGGCUAUACUCAUUACACAAUUUUGCAAUUCAUUUGGUAACUUUAUCAUACUUAACUGGUUGCCAAUUUAUUUUUUGGAUCGUUUUAAAUUAAAUCUUAAAAAUUUCGGUUAUUAUUCUGUGCUUCCUUAUGCUACGCAAGGAACCACCGGCAUUCUCGCUGGGAUUAUAUGUGAUUACGCAAUUAAUAAAUUGAAUAUUCGUAUAAAAACUGUACGGAGAGGUGCUCAAUUAAUUGGUGCAAUUGGAACAUCAACAUUUCUUUUAUGUACAGCAUAUUUAGCACAAACACCUUUGCAAGGAAUAAUUUUAAUAUCAAUUGGCACUGCAUUAAACUCAUUUUUUAGUUGUAGUGUACAUGUGUCUCAGUUGGAUAUAGCUCCAAGAUACGCUGGUGCGAUUUAUGGGUUGGGAAAUACAUGUGCUGGAAUUCCAGCUGUAUUAGGAGUGGCAUUCACAGGAUGGAUAUUAGAUGUUACAAACAGAAAUUGGAAUAUUAUUUGGAUUUUGGUUACUAUUUUUUAUGCUACCGGUUCCAUAUUUUUUGUUAAAUGGGUUGGUCAUAAAGUUAUAACCGGUUGA